UCGGGUACAUGCUAACAAGAAUUAUAAGCUCAAUGAGCUAUUUUUCGUCAUGAAUAACACAUAUAAAAACAUAACAAAGAACAGUGACCAGGAAAUAAAGGCAUAUUAAUUAACGUUAUCGCUACCUUUCUGUUGAAGAUUAGUACUGUGAUCUUCGAACGUCCUGUAUACAAUUUAACGUCACUGACAGCUGACGAUUUAAGCGGAUCAUACAUCCACAGCUGGAUAGUACUAAUCAUUAUGGUUGUGUUUCCUCGUUUUCCAAUAAGCAAUUAAAACAUUUCAUAACGCAAAAAAGUAACACGUAGUUUAUUUAUCGGGGAAUUGUGUGGUGAAUAUUUCUGGAAAGCUACAACGAACAAGAAAGAAUGCUCCUUAAGACGUCAUUUCGACCGUCCUUCGCAACCUUUGGCCUUGUUCUAGUGGUAGCGCUCAUGGCUUUAUACGUCAUUUCCGGUAAACAGAGGUCGCUGUUUUUUGCUUCGGAAAAGGCGAUCAAGCAUGAUGUUCUGGGCUCAAACGGCAAAUCAGGUUUCCCUUCAACGCAGCAAGUGAAUGUAAAAACUACUUUUAGUCUAACCGAAAGGGAAGGAACUUCCAGAAACGACUCCUUAGCCAAGGCUGACAAUGAAGAAGUGUCCACCAAAGAUUCCAAAGAAGGGUACGCAAAAGCAAACAGAAACCAACCACAGAGCCGACGAUUGUCUGGUUCAGAACCUGUCACAGAAACUAGGAAAUUGGAAAAUGAGUUAGUAGCAGUAAAGGAAAAUGGUCUUUCACAUGUAGAUGUUAAUUCGCCAACAACAGAAUGGUCAUCCUCAACACAACUGUCAUCAAGCAAGACAACAUCCUCACAUUAUAGUGUGUAUAAGAGUGUAACUAAUAAUUCAGAUAAAGAUGAAAGUGGCGAGGUGACAGCUCAAGUGGAGUUGGUUGACAACGUCAUGGACGGCUAUAAAAUAGAGCACAACAAGCGAAUAGAACAUAUAAAUAGCGUUUGCAAUAACUAUGAUAUAACUAAAAAUGACGCUUACAAAGGAACGUUUGAAGGUACAUUUAUGCAAUCAAGGAUCUACAACUUCACAGUUUGUAAAGUAGCUAAAGUUGGUUCAACAUUUUUGGUGCAGAUGUUAAGUAUUUUAGAGAGAGGUAUCGACCAUGGUGCAUUUUUGCUUUCAAUCAAAAGAAGUCACGUGCAUUCUAGUACUAACUACUUCAGAUCUUCAAGAGAAAAAGCCAGAACUCAAAAAACCAUACUUAUAUCGCGCGAUCCGUACUCUCGACUUUACUCUGCUUUUAUAGAUAAAUUGUACUUACCAAUUAUGUUUGGAAUAAAUUAUAGAAUAUUAAAAGUACCCUACAAUAAGCCAAAUUUUAAUGGACAUUGUCCAGGGACGAUUUCGUUCAAACAGUUUUUGGAACACACAGUUAAAGAAGCAUUCAAGGGACGCAACUUUGAUCACCAUUGGGCGCCUAUUUCGGCCUAUUGUCAUCCAUGUGAAGUGAAACCAUUUCUACUUAUGAAGCAGGAAAGCUUCGUAAAGGAUGUUGAAUUUGUUCUUGACACUUUAAAUGUUACAAAAGAAAAGAGAAACUUCAUUAGUAAGACUUUACACAAUAAUCGAAUUGAAAUUACAAUUCCUGGUUAUGUGGAGACGAUAUAUGGCUAUGCAAGAAACGAAUACGUUGUGAACUGCCUUGGAUGGAAAGGCGUUGCACAAAGAGUAUGGACGUCCUUCCAGAUACAAGGAUACAUAAGUCAAGAUAUCGACUUUCCGUCUGAAAAAUUCGAACAUUCCGACAGAUUUUUAGACCACAAGUACCUCUCCAUGGUGAUAUUGGACUAUAUCAAAACAAGACCUUUGUCAUCAGAAGAGAGAAAACAGCAAAGGCAAAUGUAUUUAUGCAAAGCUUAUGAGGAUGUUCCUAAAAGCAUUAUAGUAGGAUUGCAAGAGAUCUUUAAGUACGACUUUCUGGUCUAUAAUUACACAAAUGUGCCGCCAUGCUGGUAAAUUGUUAAAUUGUUAAUCGGGUCUUUCAUAAAGACCAAAUGAUAAAAACAAAAUACAUAUAUAUUUUUGUUCAUGAAUCAUAACCACAUUGAAAGAGCCUAUCAAUAAUAAACACGGGGAUUUACUCGGUUAGUAUACAAAACACUUGUCCCUGGCGUGUAUGGUCACUAUUUUUAGAAACCACAUAAUAUUGAUACAAUGGUAAACACGCGAAACCGGUCCAUCAGUCAAAUAACAGAAUUUAUCAAGGAGGGUUUAUCCCAUUUCAUUUUUCAACGGUUGGCAAAUCAACUAGGAUAAUGUAUAUAUAUAUAUUUCUUUCAUGCUUUACGAUGAAAUAUGGGGUUUAAACAGUGAAACAACAACAGUGAAAAUAUCAAUUUGAUAUUUUCACUGCAAAAUAAGGAGUGAAAAUAUCAAUUUUCAGAACUACUUUUAAAAUCCUUUGUUGUUACAUGUACUUGCCUUGGUCAAAACAGAACACUGGACUUCAGUAAAAUGUUAAAAAAAAAUAAAGAAAUAUUUUAUAAAUUUAAAUAAAUAUAUAAUUGGAAAUUAACAACUUACCGUUUAUUACCGGUUAUCCCGUUUAUCAAACAUUUUACUGAUCUUUGAAGCUGAAUGUUCGAACAUUUGCUUUCAUUCCAAAAAAAUUACAGACAAAAACAACUGUUCGGACAUAAAUAAAAUUUUAUAGCAUCGUUCAAAUGUAUUUUGAACUGUUAUCCAUUGUAGUACGUAAAAUGAGCUUCCUGGAGAAUUCACACAACAAUUUACAGAUAGAUCCGAUAUUUUUUACCCCACCCACAUUUCAAAAUGUGUCAACAAACUAGCGUGGCAUUUACUCUUCUGGAAAACAAACAUUUUAAAGCGAAACAGACUGGUCUCUGACAGUAAGAUGACUGAAUAUUAACUUUCUAUAAAAACACGCGUAUAUGCAGUCUUAAACUAAGAAGAAUGGUUAAAAUCCAAUGAGUAUCCAUUUGUUUUGCUAACACAUUUGACCUUCCAAAUUUUCUUUCUAUAAAUAGCGGCGUAGUAAUUUGGUUAAAAUAAAAAGUGUUUUCAUUAUUUUUUGGAACA